UAUUUUUGGUAACUCCCAGCUUCCUAAUUACCAAAGUAAUCGCAGUUGGAAACGGCACAACGUUCAAUUGUUAUUGUCCGUGUACGUCGUUUGUUAAAUAUAAUUUAUUUUCUGCGACGAUAAUGGAGUCUAGCGAUGCAGGGAGGGGAGGAUGGAAAAAUAAGAAUGUGCAGCCACAUAAACAGAAGAUGAACUUGAAUAUUCUCCACCAAGAGCAGCUGAUCGCUGAGAAGAAGAAGGAAAUUGAGGCCAAAUUGGCACUGCAGGCCAAAAUGAAUGCACAAAUCCCGAACAAAUCUCUUCCUUCAAGCUCUCCUACAAUGCAAGACGCCUCCUCCAACAAGUUUGCAAAUGAUGGAAGCUUCUUACAGCAGUUCAUGAUGAUGCAGAAGCAGAAAUCCAACAGCAUUUCUGAAGGUUCCACUAAUGAUGCCAAAAGUCUAUCAUCAUCAACAUCCCCGACAUCCCCAAUAGGAAAUACUCCGCAAAGAAAAAGUAUUUUUGCUGGCAAGCGGUCUGCUGGGGUGGGCAGCAUGCUCAGCCAGUUUAAGAGUUAUUCCCAGUCGAAGAAGAGUCCAGUCAUCAGCCAGAGGCCAAGUGUGUUUUGCUCCCCAGAUGAUGAGGAUGAUGAGGAAGAGACAGAUCUCUCCGAGUUCUUAAACAUGAAAGUCUCUCCCCCAGAGGACUCAGACACCAGACUCAUUAUCGACAAGAUGGCCUCUUUUGUGGCAGAGGGGGGACCUGAGCUGGAGAAGCGGGCCAAGGAUGACUACAAGGAAAAUCCUGUUUUCUCAUUUUUAUAUGAUAAAAGCAGUAUGGAGUAUCUCUACUACAAAAAGAAAGUUGCAGAACUCAAAAAGGAGAACACAUCAGUUACUGUCUCCCCCCCAGUGGACGCAGAAACCCAGCAAGUGGCCGAGGAGCUUGCCAAGUUUGUGGCUGAGGGUGGCCCAGAGGUGGAAAGCAUCGCUAUUGAGCGCAAUCGGGACAACCCUACCUUCAGUUUUUUAUUUGAUCGCCAAAACCCAGCCUACCAUUACUACAAAGAAAAGCUACGAGAGCAUGGCGCUACAGCCUCCCAGACCUUUUCACCUCCAGCAGCAGAGUCUUGGACAGAGCAGCAGCAACUGGCUCCCCCUCCUCCACGAGCACAAAUUCCCCCUCCGUUGAACCUAGCACCUCAACCCAGUCCAAGUCAGAUGGUAGACACACCGCCUGUCAAACGGAAGAGGAAGAGUAGAUGGGGGGCUGAGGACGACAAAGUGGAGCUACCCAUUCCUACCAUCGUUGUCCCACAGGAUAUUAGUGUUCCGGACCCCAACAUGCCGUCUCUCUCUGCUCAAGAUCUGCAAGGUCUUGGUUAUAAGAAGGGAAAGCCUCUGGGUCUCGUUGGUGUGACAGAACUAUCUGAAGAGCAGAAGAAACAGCUGAAAGAGCAACAAGAGAUGCAAGAGAUGUAUGACAUGAUCAUGAAGCACAAGCGAGCAAUGGCUGAGAUGCAGGUGAUGUGGGAAAAGGCCAUCAGAGACCACCAGCACGAGUACGACAGUGAUGAAGAGGUGGACCAGCAGGCCGGCACCUGGGAGCAUCGUCUCCGAAAAAUGGAAAUGGAAAAGACACGGGAAUGGGCGGAGUCUUUGACAGAUAUGGGCAAAGGGAAACACUUCAUCGGAGACUUCCUUCCUCCUGAGGAGCUGGAAAAGUUUAUGGAGACAUUUAAGGCACUCAAGGAAGGGCGGGACCCAGAUUACUCGGAAUACAAAGAGUUUAAGUUAACUGUGGAGAAUCUUGGUUUCCGUAUGCUGAUGAAGAUGGGCUGGAAGGAAGGGGAAGGCCUUGGAAGUGAGGGACAGGGCAUCAAGGCUCCUGUCAACAAAUUGAGCUGACAUUAUGAUUGGAACCUGGUUGGUUUGUCGAACAACUUUUAUGGCACAUUGUGGUAGUUCAGGGCCAGGCAUUUUUGUGUUUGUGCAAAUUCUACAGAUUUUUUUUUCUAUUUUCAGGGAAAAAAUACAAACAUCCACUCUCUUUUGCAGAGCUGCUGGAAAUGAGAAUUUCUCUUGGAGUAUUGAUCUAUCUCCUAAAUGUAGUUUUCUCUUUGGCUUUAAAAAUGGAUGACCAAUAAAACAACUAAUGUUUGCAUGUAUUACCGUAAACGGUUAUCACGACCUCAAAUUUUGUAUAUAGGCGGUCCUCGGUUUACGGCGUUCCGUGCUGUGGGGUUUUGUGGUUACGCACGCGCUCCCAUAAAUGAAUUCAAAACAUAAUUUUGGUCCAUACACAAGACUUGCUGGAAAAGUAGUUACAUUGCAGUGCACCGCAGAACAAUACACUAUGUGCUCAAUAUUGGCCGCGUUUGUCUCAAUCCCUUGACUGUCGUGACCAUCAUUAAGGAUAAAGACUGUGUUGUAAUGUCUACCCAGAUGUUGUAAGGAUGCCGAGGAGGUGGUCGAUCAACAGUCUCUUAUUGCAAAAACAAAAGAGGUUGCUACUGGCUGCACCCACGCCAAAACAUCAGCAAACUCAACUGUCCUCUCUGCACACAGCCGUCCUCCUCCUGCACACACACACAGAGUCAGGCCUUAUGUCACGUUCAGUCUUUUAACACGAUACAUAACUGCCAGGUUGCUGAUCGUCUGAAAGCGACUGUAAUAAUAUAGCAGUAUCUUAUCAUUGAUAUACAAAGGUUUUUAGUGCUCUGGCUUUUAAUUUUUAUUACAGAUUCAUUUAAUUAUUGUAUUUAGUGUUUUAUUUCUGUAUUUCAUGUCCUUCGUGUGUUCUAUGCACUGUGUGAGUGACUUCGGAGGUAAUUUAGGUCCACCAAAAGUCUACUCACAUCACGGUCUAUGAACGGGCCUCUUAUGUAAGCCGAGGGCCACUGUAGUUAAAAUACUAUACUGCUGGCUUUUUAAAACUGACUGAGUGGAUCUGUGACCCA